AUGGUUCGUAAAUACGAGUAUGUUAUUCAUGGCCGUCCGUUGUCGUCAGAUCCUGAGGCGCCUCUACGAUCGCCCCUCAAGACAUUGUCUGUACGCAAAGAUCACAACCACGCCAGUAAUUUGAGAGCACUCUACCGUAACUCUAUCCCUGACUCGGAGCACCUCGAGCAUGUUGCAGCACCAGAACCCCAGGUCUCGAGUCCCAUAUCUCCCGACUUCCCGCCAACACCACCCACUGCCGAAGACGAGAUAAGCCGUACGAAAGGAGAUGGUCCGGUUGCUGAAAAUGACGAGGUCGCAAAACUCAGAUCACUUCCUGCCACUCCGGUUAAUGGGCAUAGUCCACCCACGCCAGAUCAUACACCUCCUCGCGAGCAGCUGAAGGUCGCAAUUCGUCCCUUUCUCGGUCUUCGCCCUUCAAUGGCAUCGACACGUGCCGAGUCCUUUCGCACGGCGCGCGAACAAAUGUUUUCCGACGACGAAGACGAUUACUCUCUCCCUAAAGUGACAUACGAUGCGUCCUUAGCGCCUCCUUUACCAGCCCUGCCACCAGCAGAUCUCGAAGGUACCCACACCAGGUCCUUCAGUCCUGUGGGUGUGUCGGCAAUUGGCGCAAGCACGCGAGUCACAGGGAACGACAACGUCGCCUCCUCACCCACUCUGCCUGCUGACACGGAAAAUGCUUUUAAUAAUGCUGCACCUGUGGCGAAGGAUAUUCCAGCUGAGCAGUCGAAGUUGGACCACAAUGCCGAGCCCAUUUUAGUCAAAAAGGAUGCUAGUCAUAACGACCAAGAACCUCCAGCACCUGUCGAGACUGGACUUAGUACAUACGACCAGGUUACCGUACCCGCUGAACAUGUGGUCAAGCGAGAUAAGAGCUUACGCGAUCGUCUCAAACACACAAACACCCUACAGAAUUCAGCUUCUACAGAAGCUUUCGCUAAUGUUAUCGGUUGGAAUGAUGGAGGUCCAACCGUGACGCACAUGGAGCAGCGCGCCACAAAUCGCUGGUCUGGUAUAUCCAAUCCGUCUGCGGUCGAGGCAUACGUGGUAGAAUCGUCCAUCAAACCGCGAAAGCGUGGCACUUUGCGAAAGGUCGUCAAGAACGAUUCUUUGCGUUCUGUCAGCUCUCCUAUACCUCACUCCAACAGAAACUCCCUACAAUCGACCUCCGACUCACCUCAUCGUCUCAUCCACAAGAAGCAGAAGCUCAACAACCAAAAUCGUUGGAGUAGCGGCUCGGACAUCUCCAAACGAACUCUGAGCUGGGGCUCGAGUCCUGCUUGGGCUAAACAGGAAGUGAUCAGAGUCGCUGUCAUUCCCGAAAGGCACUCUUCGCUACAGUCGUCCGCAAGCAGCAGUCGACGGCACUCCCGCUCCAUUUCUGGCACCUCUGCCCACGCGCAUUCGAACAUGCCCCCAGUCUCAACACCGGGACCCCGCCGUAAGCGAGCAUUUUCCGAUUCGCACGAGAGAAGUCCUUCUAUCGAUCGACCUCUUCAGGUUCCUGUCAGACGGUCGUCUUUGUCGACUCCAACAUCGCGAAAUGGCACUAGAUCCAAUUCCAUUACCUCGGAACAGUUUUCUCUGCAACGUGAACAGGCUGAAAAAGAUUUGCGCAGCACGCUUGAGCGAAUGGAAUCAGAAAGAUUGUCUGCUAGUUUGAGGAGAAGCUCUCGUCAAUCGUCCUCGCCGACUCCAGCUCCCAAGGACUUACAACCUGGCGAUGGCCACAGGUCGGGCGAUCUUCCCGAGCUGGAGACUUUUCGUCAAGGAUCUCUUUCAAUCGAAAUCAAUACCAUCAUACCAGGGACGAAGGAGUGGGCAGAGCUUCGGCCAGCAACCCUGACAGGCACCCCAUUCUCGCAAGCGUCAAUGCUGUCCGCCUCACCCGAUAUCGUUGAAGCCAGAAUCAUUAACUUCUUUCCACAUAAUAACAAAUCUUUACAGCUCAUUAAACCUAAUCGUCUCUCCGAAACACCAGCUGUUAGAGCCCUGAAGGACGUUGUUUCACACCGUGCUCACACUUUGCCGGCACCAAAAGUGAACGUUAACACACCACGAACAAGCGAUCAACUGUUGAUGUUUGAGCAAAAUGCAAAUUCACCACUUCGACAUCCACGUAAACCACCGGAGCCACCUCAAGUUCAGUUCACUGUCUUUCCGCCUACUCCAAGGGACGAGGUCAAUGGUCAGCUUAAUUCUGAACUUAUUACAUCGCCUGUAAAGUCUCGAACUGGUACUUUGUCGCAUAUUCGUCCAUCACUUCAAGGUCGAGACCGCUCUGAAUCGUUCAUCAAGUCUCUCAGUCGUGGGAUAAGUCUUCGCAACGCGAAAAAUCCCAAGGCUAACCAGGAGCUGGACAGGCGUUUUGGCCAGAUGACGAGAAUCAUCAGCGUAGGCUACUUCAAGGAGGCGAGCAUGAUCAACAUGUUGAACCUGAAUCUGUUCAUGGAACAGAGACUAUUGUCAGAAAACCUCCACCAAAACAUAAAUUGA